CCAGUGAGAAGACAUAAAACUAAAAUAUAGAUCUAUAUCCUUCUAUAAAAUUUUCAAGAGAAAUGGCUAAGUCUUCAGCACUAUACUUCUUGUUCUUCCUUAUCGGUGGAAACAAGAUGAUAGCAGAGGCUAAACAUUGUCACACGACUUGGGACUGCACCACCUUGGAUCGCUGUUGGGAUGACUGCAAGAGCCGCUAUGGCGGGAGAGGACUUUGUGAUGUCAUCCCACCUCCCGCCAGUCCUAAGCAAUGCUUUUGCUAUUAUGAAUGUUAAGAGGGGAGAAAAAUAUAAAUAGUCAAUAAUUCUGAUUAAUAAGAAGUGUUAUAGUUU